AUGAAUCAAAUUCAAAAUUCUCGUUCAAAGGAAAUAAGUUUUGGUAGUUUUCGACAGCAGUUAAUCACCAUGUUGAGGCAACACUAUAUUAUGCAGAAACGAUACUAUAUUCAAACAUUUUCGAUUGUAGUUAUUGCACCUGCUGUAGUUUUAUUGAUAAUAUUAGGAUUAAAGACAUCAACGAAAAAUUUGCUAGAUUCAAUGAAUAUCUAUCAAUAUCAAAAUGUUAAGUUAUCAAAUGUAGAGUUUGUAGUAACAGAUAUAAACAAAGAUCUUGCAAGUUGGGAUUUGCCAGGAUUAUAUCAGUGCGAGCCUCCAGUCCGCGAAAAAACUAAAUGCAUUACCUUAUUGUAUGCGCCUAUUGAUCGACGAGCAACUAAAAUUAUGCAAAAUUUCGUAGAUAAAAACGAAGAACGCACAGGGAACAAAUUGUACCAUAGUGAUAAGCCAUGGACUGAUUUAGAUCCUCCGUCGCACAAUCUCGGAAUUGUCCCAGUGAAUUCGAGUGAAUUUAUUUACAGUUAUUCAUUAAAGAAUCCCAAAGUAGUAGAUUUCGCAGUAUCUUUUGAAUUUCCAGAUGAUGGCAGAGUGGAAUACACACUUUGGUACAACUUUACGACUGUCCAAAAUAAAACAAUCUAUGGCAAAGGAACAGCUCAAGCAAAUGCGAAUUUAGGACUAUUUGACGGGUUAACAACUAGCGCUAAUUCUAAUUUAGCCUUGGAUGCUACAGUUGACAACUACGGGAAUAAUCUUCUGUCAAUAAAACGAGGAAUCGAAGAAGCAAUUUUAGUAUCCAAUGGAUUGCCAAAUGCACAAAUGGAUAUCAAGAUAAAAGAAUUUCCAGAUAUGCAAUUGAAAGUGAAUGAUGAUAGCAACAAUGAUGAUGACUUUGAUAUUUUUCAAUCGGUUGGAAUGUUUUUGGCGGUUCCAAUUUUAUUGAUUUUUAUAGUGGCUGGUGUUAUGGAAACAAUACGUGAAAAGGAAUAUGGACAAAGAAAUUGGAUGGAAAUGAUAAAAGGUGAUUACUCAAGACCACAAGGAGUACCUGCCGGAUGGAUAAUUGGAGCUUUCUUGCCAUUUUUCCAAUUUGCCGAACUCUAUGCGCAAAUUAUCAGGAAAUCAACUCCAUCUACAAGCAGACGUGGUGGUUUCUAUUGGAAUGACCUAAAAAGACAAUCUCUUUUUACUAGAUAUGUUAAAGCUAGGCAAUUCCUGCCAGAACCAUACCGCCCUUUGAUAAUCAUGUUUGCUCAAAUUAUUGGGUACGCUAUGGUAGUUUGGAUUAUUGAUCAAGGUCCAAAAUUCUAUGCUAGGAAUUUUGGCCGCAAACAUCAAGAAACAUCAAAUGAUACACAAUAUCAUACAGACUUGGAUGAAGAUUUGGCAAACGAGAAAAUUCGCGCUCUUAAUUUCAAUCAACCAUUUGCACUUCGAAUUGUUAGGCUUGUCAAGGAAUAUAGAGGAAAAUUAUUCUCAAAAUCCAGAGAAAAGAAACUUGCAGUUGAUGGUUUAUAUCUGACAGUAGAAGAAGGGCAAUUGUUUGCUUUAUUGGGUCAAAAUGGAGCUGGUAAAACAACAGCAAUAUCUAUAAUUGCUGGUCAUUUACAACCAACAUCAGGUUAUGCGACAAUCUACAACAAGGAUAUCAUCACAAGCAUGAAUUCGAUUCGAAGUUCAAUGGGCAUCUGCCCACAACAUGAUUUACUAUAUGCUGAUCUAACCUGCGAAGAGCAUAUAAAUCUUUUCGCCGGAAUAAAAGGAAUCAAAUUGGACGCAAAAGAGUUAUUGACAAAAGUUGAUUUAUUGAAAGUUAAAAAUUUCCCCUCGAGUAAAUUGAGUGGCGGGAUGAAGCGGCGGCUGAGUGUUAUUAUUGCGUCAAUUGGAGACCCAAAGAUAUUAAUUUUGGAUGAACCAACGACGGGUAUGGAUCCAUUGAAUAGAAGAAAAGUCUGGUCCUUUUUAUCUGAAUACAAAACGAAUCGAAUAAUUCUUCUCACAACACAUUCGAUGGAAGAAGCAGAUUUGCUUGGCGAUCGUGUCGGAAUUAUGACACAUGGGAAAUUACGAGCAAUAGGAAGUCCAACACGUCUUAAGAAUAAGUAUGGGAUUGGAUAUCGCAUUCAAAUCCAAACCGACUCGGAAAAUAUAGAAUUCGUACAAGAAUGGGUUUCUCAACUUGUGCCACAAGCUAUACUUCAGAAUUCCAAUGGUGGUGCAUUAAUCUAUCAAAUUCUGCCAACCGCCGCGAUGAGUGAUAUAGCAGAUUUCGUUGAUUUGCUCGAAGAGAAUCCUAAUGGAAUGAUUAAUGGCUGGGGAAUAAUGAAUACUACAUUAGAGGAUGUGUUUUUAAGAAUCUCAAAAGAACCAGAAGACCUUUAA